UCUCGACGCGGUCGACAAGAUGAAGACCGUCCUCAAGAACAUCUUCAAGUCGAAGAAGAAGCAGCCGGCGAAGAAGGACGACGCAACGCCGACCGCGCCCGCCGACGCGUCCUCGUCCACCCCGAAGCCCACUGAGACCACGCCCGCCCAGCCAGCCCCAGCCACUGCCCCCGAGCCCGCAAAGACCGAAACCACACCGGCAACGGGCAGCGCGCCGGCGGCUCCGGCUCCGGCUCCGGCUCCAGCACCGGCUCAGGGCGAGGACACGAAGCCGGAACAGGCGGCCUUGGCCGAGGUGAAGAAGGCGACUGAGAGUAGGUACAAUUCCAAUUACAUUCCGGAGCGGAAUUCACGCUCGCCCAACUAUUGGGACGGAUCGCGGUGGAGGCAGAGAGCCGGCCAAAGCAACUGAGACGGUCAUCGGCAGCCCGCGGCAUCUCGCGGUGAGAGCAGGAGACGACGUACACCUGCGUCUCUUCCCACAGAUCCCGGGUUAUGGGCUCUGAUAUCUCUGCCGAGACAUCGAGCCGACAUUACGACUGCGACGACGUUACGACCUCUCAUGGCUCCACGCCCACACCACAUCCAUCCUACUGCAUACGGCCUUUUCCUUUCUUUCCGAUACCCCUACCUUUUUCCUGCCUUUUCCAUGGACGGUUUUCACUUCUUGUACAUCCCCACGGACUAACAUGUUUUUUGUUUCAGCACCCGAACCAGCGGGUGCCGUCGCUCCCCCGCCACCUACUGCCGCCGAAGCGCAGCAGCCCACCACUGCUCCGUCUGAGCCAAAGCCGGCCGAGGCGAAGGCGACCGAGACCCCAG